GAACUCUUCCUCUCAGCCACAGAAAUGUCACUGGAUGGUAAAGCUGCGGUGGUGACCGGGGCGGCCGUGGGGAUCGGAAAGGCCGCGGUGGAGAUCCUCCUGCAGAACGGAGCAAAGGUGGCCAUCCUGGACAUCAACAGAACUGCAGGAGAGAAUUUAAAGGAGGAUCUGAACAAACAAUACGGAGCAGAAAAAACUUUAUUCUUGCAGUGUGAUGUGGAGUCAGAGGAGCAGUUCAAAGCUGCCUUUGAGGAAGCCGCAAAAACGUUCGGAGGAGUCGACAUCCUGUGCAACAACGCCGGCAUCAUGAACGAGGCGGCGUGGGAGAAGAGCGUCACCAUAAACACCAUGGGGGUCAUCCGAGGGUCGUAUCUGGCUCUGGAGCACAUGAACAAGUUGAAAGGAGGCCGGGGAGGAGUGGUGGUCAACAUGUCGUCCAUGGCAGGCCUCGGCCCUUUCCUGAGCUGUCCGGUUUACACGGCCACGAAGCACGCCGUGCUGGGCUUCACCAGAUCCAUGGCGGCCGCUUCUGCAGUGUCGGGCUACGGUUUACGGUUCAACGCCCUCUGCCCGGGUUUCGUCCAGACCGACAUGAUCUCCGACGUCACGUCCAGACUGGGCCGGUUUUCUCACCUGUCCGAUGCGACCAUGCAGCUUGUAGAAAAGAUCGGGAUCAUAAACGUGUCUGAGGUGGCCGAGUGUCUCCUGGAGCUGGUGACCGACGAGACGAGAAACGGAGAGGCGCUCCUGGUCUUCCAGAAGGGAAGGAAGUACGUCACCUUCCCGUCGUUCGUUCAGUAGCUACAAACAGCCCGAUUUCACCUCCAACCGGUGAAAUAGUGCAAUAAUAACCUUUAAAUUUAAGCUUUUCUUUGGCAUGGUGUAGAGUAUGCCAAAUGAAAAUGUCUAUAUUUUCACAAAGCUACACAAAAUGACUAUAAUAUCAACAUAAAGCCAAUAUUAAUGAGAACUUCUGGUGUAAAAUCCAGUGAAAUGUCCAUAAAACAUCUCCUUAUCUGUUGCAUUAUGGGUAUAUUCACACGCUCACCCUGACAGCAUGGCUUUGAGACUAAUGCUAGUUAGCUAGCUAGCUAUCAUGGCAGCAUCACUGAUAGCUCAGCUCGGGGCUCAGUGUCGUGUUGUCUAUUUAAAGCAGGGGUGGGGAA